GUUCCGGCAAGCGGCGCCGCGGAGCAGCUGAGAAGCGCCGCGUAGCUGCAGCCUCCGUGUCCUCUGCCGCCGCCGCCGCCGCACAGCGGCCCCGAGCCCCGGCCGCCGCUGCAGCGCCAUGUCCCGCGCCGUCCCGCUCCUGCUGCUGCUGCUCAGCCUGGCCCAGCGCCGCGCCUGCCUCUCCGGGCCGCUCAGCGCCGCGUCCCCCGGCCCCGCGGGGGACCCCUGCCUCAGCCAGCCCUGCUGGAACAACGGCACCUGCUCCCCGGCGCCGGCCCGGGGCCCCGCCGCCCCCCGCCGCCUGCCCCAGCCCCAGCCUGCCUACAGCUGCGCCUGCCCCGCCGGGGUCACCGGCACCUACUGCCAGUUUGUUUCAGAUCCUUGUGCCAGCAACCCUUGUCACCAUGGUAACUGCAGCAGUAACGGUGAUGGCUACCUCUGUGUUUGUAAUGAAGGCUAUGAAGGUACAAACUGUGAACGCUCAUUUCACAGCCUUCCAGUCUCUGGAUGGGCAGAGUCACUGCCACCAAGACAAAUCAGGCCAGUAUCAGCAACCUUGGAACCUGACAUUGUUUUACCCCGUUCAAGAGCAACUAUGACAUUACCUACUUGGCAGCCAAAAGCAGGACAAAAAGUUGUUGAUCUAAAAUGGGAUGAAAUAGAGAUAACCCCAGAUGUAGCUUGUGGAAAUGCCAGUUCUAACAACUCUGCUGGAGGCCGGCUUAUCUCCUUUGAAGUUCCACAGAAUACAUCAGUAAAAAUAAGGCAAGAUGCCACGGCUUCUCUUAUCCUGUUGUGGAAGGUUACAACAGUUGGAUUUAAACAGUGCUCACUUAUAGAUGGUAGAAGCGUUACUCUCCUCCAGGCACUGGGUGGACUUGUUCUUUCUGAGGAAAUGCUUGCAUUAGGAAAUAACUACUUUAUUGGUUUUGUGAAUGAUUCAGUUACUAAAUGCAUUGUGGCUUUACGCUUAACUGUGGUAGUAAAAGUCAGCACGUGCAUGCCUGUGGGAAGCCACUCAGAUGACUUUCAGUGUUUGGGAAAAGGAAAAUGUAUCACAAAACCAUCUGAGGCAAUAUUUUUCUGUGACUGUGAGGAUCAAUAUAUGGGUGCUUUCUGUGAAGAAUUUAACGCCUGUCAAAGCCAGCCCUGCCAGAACAAUGGAACCUGCACUGAUGUAACACAAAAACAUGAUGGGAAAAAUUUCACCUGCACUUGCCCUACUGGUUACACUGGAGAACUAUGUCAGUCAGAGAUUGAUCAUUGCAGCCAAGAGCCAUGCAGAAAUGGUGGUACCUGCUUUUCCAAUAUCAGUGGAUUCAGUUGUCAAUGUCCAGAAGGAUUUUUAGGAUCUUCUUGUGAAGAGAAAGUUGACCCCUGUGCUUCAUCUCCCUGCCAGAACAAUGGGACCUGUUUCGCAGACGGACUUGCUUACUCCUGCAGUUGUAGUCCUGGAUUCACGGGACCUACCUGUUCUCAGCUGAUUGACUUCUGUGCUCUGAAUCCUUGUGCACAUGGCAUUUGUCGCAGUGUUGGAACCAGUUAUAAAUGCCUCUGUAUCCCUGGUUACCAUGGCCUUUAUUGUGAAGAGGAAUAUAAUGAAUGCCUUUCUGCACCCUGCCAAAAUGCUGCCACCUGCAGAGAUCUUGUCAAUAGCUAUGAAUGUGUAUGCCUUGCUGAAUAUGAAGGACGGCACUGUGAAUUAUACAAAGAUCCUUGCGUAAACAUCAGCUGUCAAAAUGGUGGCACUUGUGACAGUGAAGGUCUAAAUGCUACAUGUAUCUGUGCACCUGGAUUUACAGGUGAAGAGUGUGAAUUUGAUAUAAAUGACUGUGACAGCAAUCCGUGUCAUCAUGCUGGGACUUGCAUAGACCAACCCAAUGGUUAUACGUGCCAUUGUCCACAUGGCUGGGUUGGAGCAAAUUGUGAAAUACAUCUGCAGUGGAAGUCUGGGCACAUGGCAGAGAGUCUAACAAACAUGCCUCGUCAUUCCCUCUACAUCAUAAUUGGAGCCCUCUGUGUCGCAUUUGUCCUUAUGCUGAUCAUUCUGAUUGUGGGGAUAUGUCGCAUCAGCCGCAUUGAAUACCAAGGCUCUUCCAGGCCAGCGUAUGAGGAGUUCUACAACUGUAGAAGCAUUGACAGUGAAUUUAGUAGUGCAAUUGCUUCUAUCCGACAUGCCAGGUUUGGAAAGAAAUCCCGACCUGCAAUGUAUGAUGCAACCCCCAUUGCUUAUGAAGAUUACAGCCCUGAUGACAAACCUUUGGUCACGCUAAUUAAAACAAAAGAUUUGUAAUCAAUUGUAUCUUUUUCGGAUUAUUUUUCAAAAGGAUGGGCUACUAAAUUAAUUUAAAUAUUUUUAAGAAGAAGAAAGCGUGAGAAAUUUAAAAUGUUAGAUGUUCCAGAAUUUUCUGUAGAAUAUUUAAGAACUAAUUUUCUGCAGCUUUUAGUCUGAAAAAAUAUUUUAAAACUGAGUGUUUGAAAUUCAUGGAUUACAUUUUAAUGUACCUUCAACUCUAUAAAUUGUUAGCUUAUAAUAGUGUGUGCUUUUUCAUGGUAGAUACUAUUAAUAAACCCAGAUGAAAUUCUGUGGUUGUUACAGAACAGAAUACAGUAAGCUUAAUCAAUGAACAGUUCCUUUCUGACAUCUCAGUGCCAGCUUUCUCAGUAGAGAUAGGAAAAAGUGAAAAUAAUAUGAUGCAUAAUAUAUCCAUUAAUUUUAAAAAAGUCUAAAAUGUUUGUGUUGUGAAAAAGAAAUUAGUAAAAUUUAUUAUUCCUAACCUGAAUGAAUUAGCUUUUGCCUUAUUCUGUGCAUGGAUAGAUAACCUAUUUCUGCAUUAUUUUUCUGGAAGUUGCUAACACAUACUUUUGAGUUGAUGUUUUUGUCAUUUUUGUAAUAGUAUUCAAGCUAGGCCUUGUAAAAAUAAUAUAUAAUUAAAGUGCCUGUGGAGGCAAACUAAGGACCUGAUCGUGAACUCAUUGAAAUCAGUGGCAAAACUGCCAUCGACUUCAGUGGGUACAGGCUCUGGCCCUAGGAUUGGAUUGAAUCUAUAUUUUUCUUUAAAAGUCAAGGUUUUUAUAUCGUGAGUAAACUAAGCCUAUAGUUUGAGUUGUUUGUUUCUCAAAGGUUAUUAAUGUACAGUACUGUUUCAUUCAAUAUUGUGUAUUUCUCAUAGUGCAUCUUAUUUAUACACAGUAUGGUUUUUCUGUGGCUGCAUUUGAUUGCUUAUGUGCUUCUUCCAAUUCUUGCAUAUUUCAGAGAAUAUUAAAUAAAUGUUAU